CUUGCGCUUAGUCUAUGAUAGCGCUAAUAACUAACCUGGUUCUAGUAACGAGCUAGAAUCACCCUAGUGUCCAACACAGGAGAACGAUACGAACAAAAGGAACUAACGGAGUCGUUCAUAUGGCGAUAUCCACCUCGUUCUAAGACAUUUGCCUCUGUAGACAGAAUAUAAACACACUCCUCCAUCUCCCUCUUUUACUUCCCAUCUGCUCAUUUUUCUAGGAUAUACUCCUCGGGGCCAUCAGCUUCGGUCAUGCAGACCAGCAAUAAUCCUCCCGGGAGGUUGAACUAGAAUCAUUGAACAAAGAAGCCACGGACGCCGGAAGUGUUACCCUCCAGGAAAAAAAUCACCCAGUCAAAAAGCUCUUCAGAAGAAAUGACACCUGCGCAUGAAGCCGGUUCUUCGUGUGACAAAGGCUCAGCAUGAUAGAUCCCGUGCCCUCUCAUGGGGAGUAUGGCUAUCAUCGUACACUGUUUCUUUCCUUUUUUUCGGCCCUGUUUUAGUGAUGGGACUUCUGAAUCAAGAGAGGGGUCAACAACACCAGCUAAUCCGCUUCAUCAAGACCUACUCUCUAACCUAAUCUCAAUCCUCAACCAUGGGAAGAAGGGAUAUCCCGUCCCAGAUCGGACAUCACACCUUCGGGAAGGGGGAGGCGGUGUUGUUUCCUCUCGACAUACCAAUAAGCUCACCACCGGAGUAGGGAUCGAUCGACAAAAUUCCAGGGUCCGAUUACUAAGGCCAUAAGAUAUAACUUAGGCCGCUUGCAGUGACAACCUACCAUUCAAGUAACUACUUCAUCUAGUCUAGACCACGCUCCAUGGUCUUGCUAUUUACGGGCGGCAGUGCAAGGAUGCAUGUUAGGCACAUUCUGCCAGGUACUGUACCAAAGAACUUCUUGAUAAACGUCUGAAUGAAAACGAGCGCAUGGAAAGUCCCCAUGUGGUCCGGGUAUUGUUUGGCGAUCAAAGGCCAUUGUUUGAGGUGGGAUUAAAACUGAGGCAAUGAUGGGGGAGGCAACCAAGCACAACCCAAGGUAACUAAGCUAAGGGCUUG